AUGUCUGGUAACCUGGAAGAACUGCUUCAAUCAGCACCACAAGAAUGGCAGGUAGAACCAGCAUCUGAGUUGCAAGAGCUUAGCAUCGAAGGAAGAAGUCCUCGUAGUGAUGAGCCCUUGACAAAAAAUAUUCAAUGUCAAGGCCCUCCAGGAGCUGCAGGGCUUGAUGGAUGGGAUGGAACCGAUGGAGCCACGGGUCUUGAUGGUCCUCCUGGAGUUGACGGGGUUGCUGAUGUGUUUGAAGAGCCGGGCGAAAAAGGAAUUAAAGGCGCUACCGGCGAAAGCGGUGAAAAUGGAAACCCUGGCGAAGCUGGUGUCGAAGCAGGACCCAUGGGAUUCCUCUGGAGCGGGCCAGGACCCCAAGGAGCGCCAGGAAUACCAGCUCCAGACGUCAUUACCGGUAAAGGACGACUAGGUCCACCAGGUUCACAGGGCACUACAGGAGAGCCAGGACCAGACGGAAUACCGGGCGAGUCCGUCCCGAACACGGAGACCGCUGUGGGUGCAAAAGGAGCGCCAGGCCCACCAGGAAACGAUGGCUUGAAGGGUGAACGAGGUGAACCAGGCCCUGACGGACCACCUGGUCAAGACAUUGAGUAG